GACAAUCUACUAUAUCUCCUGGUCCGACCAAGUGAACGCUGUGCCCGGCGUGCUCGUACACUGGCACCUUCCAGAGGCCAUACAAUCACUCGUUCAAUUUCCCUUCAUAUACACGGCCGGUGUCCGUUUCUUUGAGGUCAACGGCCUGACAAAUACUUGUUUAUACACACAUUUAAUUUCUAAAUCACGCCUUUGCCCGAUCAAAACAAUGGUCCAUUUCUCCAUCUUUCCGUCCAUUGCACUGUACCUCUUCUGCGUCCUCCCCAUCAUUGUCGCACUUCCCACGUCGCGUUUCAACCACGAUGUUCAGAGCCUUCCUCCCCGGAACUUUCAGGAGAACCCGCGCACGCCACCAGCAAGCCACACGCAUCGGUUCCGGAAACGCGGCCUCCCAGGCGCCGUCUACAUCUGUACCAGCGACAACUUCCGCGGCGACUGCGCCUGGACUGCACCAAAUAAUCGAUGCCACAUCGCGGGCACAGGCAACAACUCAGCGCGCUCCAUCGGCCCCGACGAAGACGGCUUCUGCGUCCUCUUCGAAAAAGCCACCUGCACGGGCACCCAGGUCAAGACGCUUCGGUUCCCCGGGCAGGCCUCGAACAUGCCCACAUUCAUGAGCCUGAAGUGUUUCUCCGACGGGAACGGGAAUGGGGCGCGCGCGAACGCGACGGCGACGGCGGUCACCAGCAAUAUUCUACCAGAUGCGGAUCCGAGGCUGUCCGGUGGCGUCGGUAGCAUGGAGAGGAAGAACUUGGAAAAUGUGAUGGAGCAGAUGGAGAAGGACGGUUUCAGGCAGGGGAUGAUUGGGUUGAAGAAGGGACAUUAUUACUGAGGGGCUUGGCAAACAUGUCUAAAGUAUCUGUAAGUCUAGGAUUGUACUGCAAUAUCUGAAGCAUCGGAUAUGAUUUUAGAUCAAUACUGCAUUUGGCAGCACUGCUUCACUGCUUCAGCUAAGCGACUCUCUGCAUUUGAUUGACUCGCCUAUCUCACAUACAAGACCCCGCCGACUCAGCCUCGUGUAAUCCUAGCAUCUCUUCCAGAUAUGAAGCCAUGAUCGCAGUCUCAACGCACUGUCUCUGUUAGAACACGAUCUCUGAGAACCGCACAAUUGAAAAAAUCACUUACCAGCUAAUUGAUGAGAGACGCAAGUAGAUCGAAGUCAUGCGAGUUCUGCACACUGAUUGCGCGGAUUAUGGAUAGAACAAGUUAGACAACUCACCAAGAGUCUGAGUCAAAAGAGUUCACUAUAACACGGUAC